UGAUUCUGCUGCGACUCUGAAUUUUCAAACUGCACCAAAAACACUUCAGAGCAACAUCGCCAGGCUUUUCUAAACAAGAUGGCGGCACCAAGCACCUUGCCAGCUCUGCUGGACUCAUUGACGCAGUCUUUAACGACAUCGCUCGACGCAGCGCCCAUAUCCUCGAUUUCGCCUCCCGAGAACGGAAUUUCUCUGCUCGACACCAAGAACGAACUCCUUCUCUCGUACCUGCAAAACCUCGUCUUCUUGAUUCUUCUCAAGUUGCGCAACGCCAAGAAGCAGUCCAGCGAGGACGAAGGCGCCAGCGAUACCACCGAGACCGUCGUCAGGAAGCUCGUGGAGCUCAGACUAUACCUGGAGAAGGGUGUGCGCCCCCUCGAGGACAAGUUGCGAUACCAGAUUGAGAAGAUUCUUCGCGCCGCCGACGAUGCCGAACGGAACGCCCACGCGGUCAAGGCAGCCAAGGAUGCAGGAUCCGACGACUCUGCGUCCGACGACGACGAAUCAGACGGAGACGAAGAAGAGGAAGAGGAGCUCAAGGCUGCUCAUCUCCAGGCGCGACCCGAUGCCUUUGUGCGUCCGGCCGCGGCAUCUACUGCCAUUGCCACUGCUCAAAAAGACGGCGUGUACAGACCUCCAAGGAUCGCGCCGACAGUCAUGCCGUCGGAACGCCGCGAGAAGACGGACCGCCGGCCGCUCAAGUCUGCGACGAUGGACGAGUUCAUCGAGCACGAGAUGUCGACGGCACCGAUCGCGGAGCCCAGCAUCGGCACGACCAUUGUCAACGGCGGACGCAGGAUGAAGACGGCGGCGGACCGCAAGACGGAAGACGAGCGUCGCGAGUACGAAGAGACCAACUUUGUGCGUCUGCCCACGCAGAGCAAGAAGGCCAAGGCGCAGGAGGCCGCCAAGACGGGCCGCGGCGGGCGCAUGCAGUUCGGCGGAGAGGAGUGGAGGGACUUGGGCGAAGGCGUCGACCGCAUCAACAGGCUCACCUCGCGCAAGAGCGGCGGCGGCACGCGCGACCUGCUCGACAAGAGCCGGAAGCGCGGCAGAGAGACGACGGACGGGCCGAGGGGCAGCGGGCAGAUGGAGAUGGGCGAGAGAUUCCAGAAGAAGGCCAAGAUGCUGGAGGCGGGCCGACGCGACAGAGGCAAGCGAUAGACGGAGCGGAGACCUGCAGAUACCCCCAAAAACACGGAGCAACAUACCGAGCCAGCUCAAGGUCCUGGAAGUCAGUGUGGUCUAGAACCAACAGAGUCGGCAACAUGUCACGACUGUUGAUUGGUUGGCUGUGUAACAAGACAGUUUGUGUGUGUGUGCCUGUCUGUCUGUGUCUGUGUCUGUAUGUGCGCGUAUACGUAUGUGUGUAUUGGACCCGGCGUUUCCCAGUUGUUGGCCAUAAAAUCCAGCAUGACGCGCUAGCAAAGGCGGGAGCGGGAACAAAAACCCGAUCGGCCAGGAACUCGCAUAAAAGUCCCGAUGUAUCCAUCCGUACAAUUGCCUGCUUAGCUCUCGAGCCUAGGUACCUGCUACCUGUACACCGCUGAACCAACCUAACCCGCCCGCACUGGAUUAAUAC